AUGCGUCCAAAAGUAUCAAUUGCUCACUUGGCUCGCCAGGGAGGCCUCUCGCUGGCCGAGCUGCCUCCUCCCUUCCUCGCUCCCGCCCUUUACACUCCUAUAAUAACAGUCUCACAAUCAUCCAAAUUUUCUACCUCUGCCUCGUUCCAAGACCGGAACAAGCUUCGUGGAGUCUCUGCUAUCCAUAGAAGCGGACUUAAACAUCGUUUGGGAGUGUCAAAGUACCAAUUGCCAGUUCCAGAGAACCCGACAAGACAUGAGCCACGCGAUGUCAACCCCGAUCACGGUCUCUGGGGGUUCUUUCUUCCAAACAAGGAGGCUUUUCCUACCCCAGAGCAGGAACACGCGCAUGGCCGCGCUUGGACUGUUCAAGAAUUACGCCAGAAAUCGUGGGAUGACCUCCACUGUCUAUGGUGGGUGUGCGUAAAGGAACGCAACCGGAUUGCCACAUCCAAUAAUGAAAGAGACAGACUAAAGGCUGGAUACGGAGAGUACGAGGCCGGAGACAGAGACAAGACGAUCGUCGUUACACAGAACAAUAUCAAGCAUGUUCUGAGGGAGCGAUGGAACGCCUGGUCCGAGGCUCGUGACUUGUACAAUGACGGCUAUAAACCAGAGCAAGACGAACUCCUAGAAACUGCCGAGUACCAGGAGGAUCCAAUGCCUGCAGAGGUGCCGGUCGAGGACCUUAAGGCCGGUGAAACAAAGUCGAGAAGUCAGCCUGCUGCUUCUGUAUGA